AUGGAAUAUCUUACUCAGAGUCUUCAAUUGGCAGCUCAAGAUUCUGCAUUCAGGUUUCACCCUAUGUGUAAAAGUCUCAAACUUCUUAGUUUAUGCUUUGCAGAUGACCUAAUUUUAUUUUGUAAAGGGUCUCUUUCUGCUGUUCGAGUGCUCAAAAUAGCUCUAGAGGAGUUUAGUUCUGCUACAGGGCUCCAUAUUAAUACCAGCAAAUCUCACAUUUUCUUUGGGGAAGUUUCUGCAGCUGAUAGACAGACCAUAGCUGCUGAGAUACAACUUACGGAAGGGACAUUUCCUCUUAAAUAUCUAGGUGUUCCUACUAAAUGGAAGCAUGAAGAUUAUGAUAUUAUCAUCCAAAAAAUCAAAAUGUGGUUACAUACUUGGGCUAGUAGGCAUUUAUCAUUUGCUGGCCGUAUUCAGCUUAUUCAUUCAGUUCUAUUUGGGCUGCGAAAUUAUUGGAUGAGCAUUUUUGUGCUUCCCCAAAGUAUUAUUAAGGAAGUUGAAAAACUUUGUCGUGGCUUUCUUCAGGGAUUUAAUGGUAAUAGAAGCAAGAUCCACAUUGCUUCUUGGACGAAGGUUUGUCUCCCUAAAGCUUAUGGAGGUCUUGGGUUCAGAAAUGGUUCAGUUUGGAACUGA